ACUCAGAGCAGCAGUGAGGAGGGAGGCAGGGAGGAUCUCAGCUGUAGCAGAGAGAGAGAGGGAGAGGCAUACAGAGAGAGGAGUGUGUGUGUGGAUGUACUCGCCUGCCUCACUGACUGACUGUGUGUGUGUGUGUCUGUGUGUGAGUGUGUGUGUUUGUGUGUGACAGAAAUAGGGGAGGACGCGUGGAUACUACUCCACAGGACUGAAUGUGUUUGGCGUCACGGAGAGACCAUACAUACAUCAAAAAAAGAGAAAGAGUUGGGCGAAUACAAAGUGCAGACUGAACUGCAGGCAGACACCAGGGCUGAGUGCGGAGGAGUAAGCAGACAAGCCAGAGCACACGAGAGGACCUGCCUAACAGCACCCAUGGCGAGCAAUAACACGGCCAGCAUCGCACAAGCGAGGAAGCUGGUGGAGCAGCUGAAGAUGGAGGCCAACAUUGACAGGAUAAAGGUGUCAAAAGCAGCGGCAGACUUAAUGUCAUACUGCGAAGCCCAUGCCAAAGAGGACCCUCUGUUAUCGCCGGUGCCAGCGUCAGAGAACCCGUUCAGGGAGAAGAAGUUCUUCUGUGCCAUCCUGUAAACUCGGCAUGGCCCUUCAGCAGUCUGCUCUGUGUGGGACUUUGAACAUGUAUGUUCAAAAUACGUAGACAUCUUCUAGUAGGAGGGCAGGAAGAUUAUUGCCCCCUUGUUCUCGAACGGCUCCUAAAGAGUGCAAAAAUUAAAUCCCACAGAGUUUACAUGUUACUGUUAAAGGGGUUGUGAUUGUGAGUUUUUAAACAGUGUUGCAGCAUGUUGAAGGGGUCUGUGCUUUUAGAGGACACAAAAGGGAUGAUGAUGAUGAUGAUGAUGAUGAUGAUGAUGAUGAUGAUGAUGAGUGUGAUGAUAACCCUGUGAGGGGCAACCAGUGAACCUACCAAGCCUUCAGGUUGUGAGGUUUACAAAACAAAAAGUAGAUAAAAUAUGAAUAAAAAUAAUUUGUGGUUGUUUUUGGGACUUCCAGAUGUUCUGUUAAAAGGUUAGUUGGUGGGUCGAGCAGAAUACGCCUACCACUAGCCGCCACCUGAUUAUUAUUGGAAUGUUUUUUUGAGUUGUUGUUUAUGUUUAUUUCAACCUAACCUAUCACCUAGAUAUCUUUCAAUAACUGUACGUGAUCACUAAAACAGCUCUGUUUUGUUUUUAGACAAACAGAUAAGUGAAAGCUUUUUUUUAUUGGGAUGUUUGAAACAUUCAACUCUGUGAUUCAUCUUUAGAAAUACCUGUCUGAAAAUCAGUCUCUCUGUACCAAACAACUAUCUGGCAAAUGUGAUGCAGUUUGUCUCCUUCAGAUACAAAACCCUCUUUCUACUGUUUGUAUCAAAUGACUAGCAAGUAAACUGUGCUGUGCUGUGAGUUCUGAAUGUUUGUGUUUGUAUCAUUAACUAUUGCAUGAACUGGACAAGCAGUCUUCUCUAUUUCCUUUCAUGUGGAGUGAAUAGUGCCAAAACCUAUUAAAACAAGAAUGAUUUAA